AUGGCAAAUGUGCAAUCAUGGGCGCUUAGUUUCUUAAGCCAGAAGGGUCAAUUGCAAUUGGCUGAUCAUAUAACAUCCUGGCUUCCCAACCAGCUUUUGCGACUAUCAAGCAAAGAGAUGGAAUUGGUGGGUGUUAUUCUUUGGAAUUUAUGGAAUAAUCGGAAUGGAGCAAUCUUUGAUGGGCCCUACAGAGAUCUUCUUAACUUGAUCUCCCUGUCCAUAGCAUUCCUGAAUCAAUUCCAUGAAGCAAAUUCCAAAGAUAAGUGCAAUACGCCUAUCUCUCUUCAAUCAAGGUUAUCAAUAGGUCAUUGGAUACGACCCAAUGCAGGUUUUGUUAUGGCAAACUUUGAUGGAGCUGUGUUUAUGGAUGAUAAAUCAUCAGGGGUUGGUGUUAUUAUCCGAGAUGAUAAAGGAAGUUUUAUUGCUGGCCUCUCCAAGAAAAUUCCUGGGAUAUUUGGAACUAGAAAUGGUUGA